AUGACGGACUUCAUUGUGGCACCGGUGUCGGAAGGCAGCAUCGAGUCCAUCCAGUCCAUCCAAUCGGAGGCUGAUCCCAAAGGCCAAGCUUUGGGCAAGGGCCACACGGGCCACACGUACUGGGAAUUCUCCAAGGCCUUCUUGAAGUUGACGUGGCCGCUUUUGCUGGGAAACACUUUGGAGUGGUACGAGUUUGGCAUCUACAGCUACGUGGAGAAAGAGAUCGCGGCCAAUUUCUUUGGAGGAUCUGCAAUGGGCGCCUGGCUGGGCUACGCUGUCACCUUUGUUGCACGGCCCUUGGGAGGAAUCAUCCUUGGCUUUAUCGGCGAUCACUGCGGGCGGAAACUUGCUGUGAACCUCUCCCUUGCGGGCAUGGUCUUUGCCACCGUUGGGCAAGGCGGGCGGAAACAGUAUUUUGCACAAGCUCACGUGAUAUCCCCAACAGCAUGCGGUGCUCCUUUUAGUGCUCGCACCGCCCCGCAGCCUCGCAGAACCUCGUGGAACCCUGGUGGAACCCUGGUGCCUCAGGGCCGCCCCGGACCACCCCGGAGCCUAUCUGGGCUGGGACCCCAAGCUUUCAGCUGUUGGGGAAGAAACAUAUUUGGGCAACAGCGAAGCUUCAGUCGGCAAGGGAAUGCCUCAAGGCAAACAGGAUUGUGCCAGAGUGCAUGA